AUGAAAGGCUUUCUUUCCUUUGCAGUCCUUGCAGUCCUUUCACUGGUGCACAGCUCCCAGGCAGUCUACGUUCAGGAUGGAGACUUGAAAUUUUCCCUUGAGUCCGUGAAGAAGCUAAAGGAAUUGAUGGAUGAGAACAGACACAUUAACCCUCGCAUGGUGGUUUCAAUGGUUAGCUAUUCUCCAUGUGAUGAAAAAGAUCUCCCUGAGGAGUUCCAACCUGUGUGCAAAAGGGAAGAUGCAUCCAUGAUUUUUGAGAGGCUGAACCUGGCUGUCCAAGAAGAAGAUUUGUGUGAAAUCUGUGCCAAUGCUGCCUGCGCUGGUUGCUUUUGA